AUGGGCAACGAUCCAGCACUACUUGACGUGUUACUCCGGCGUCUCUCCACUACCUUCAAGAUUAGAGAUCUGGGUACUCCGAGUUUCUUUCUAGGAAUUGAAACUCUCAAGGUCGAUGGCAGUCUGAUCUUGUCUCAGCGUCGCUAUAUGGACGACAUUUUAUCACGAGCUAGUAUGUCUAAAUGCAAGCUUCUUGCAACUCCAACUACAGUCACACAGUCAGCUACUCCGUCUAUUCAGCCAUUCGAUAAUCCCACGCAAUAUCGGCGGAUUUUCAUGCAUGCACCCUCCGAUGAUCACUGGAGCCUUGCGGUAUGUCAAAGGCACCCAGGGCUACGGGUUAUGUUUGACAGCUUCCCCGACAUCCGAUAUUCAUGCCUACUCCGAUUCAGACUGGCAGGCUGCCUGAUUGAUAGAAAGUCAACCAGUGGUUAUGCAGUCUUCAUUGGGACAAACCUGGUCUCGUGGAUCUCCCGCAAACAACGCACGGUAGCCCGCUCCUCGACUGAAGCUGAGUACAAGGGCCUGACGAAUGUGUCCGCUGAGGUCACUCGGGUUAUCUCCUUACUCUGA